UUCAAAAUAUAAUUUGUAUUACUCUCUUGCAUAUUAUUUGACAUCAGAAAGGAAAAUGAAAGUCCUUUUACUGUUCGUGUUGGUUGGCACAGUAUCUGCGCAAUGGGACACCAACAUGGCGUAUGGCAGACAAGUGAUGGUUCAUCUGUUUGAAUGGAAGUGGUCAGAUAUUGCCUCAGAGUGUGAAAAUUUCCUAGGCCCAAACGGAUUUGGUGGUGUCCAGAUCUCUCCACCUUACAACCACAUAAACGUCUGGUCGCCUCAUCGUCCCUGGUGGGAACGCUAUCAGCCUCAGAGCUACGACCUGAACAGCCGUAGCGGAAGUGAAUCGGAAUUCGCCGAUAUGGUACAUAGAUGCAACAAUGCUGGAGUUCGAAUCUAUCCUGAUGCUGUCUUCAACCACAUGGCGGCCAUCGGCUAUGACUUCCCCAAAGUGCCCUUCAGCAAAUAUGAUUUCAACGUACCACAAGGAAAAUGCUCAACAGGAGGUGAUAUAAAAAGUUAUCAAGAUGUUAACCAGGUGCGUAAUUGUAACCUGGUCGGAUUGUCUGAUCUAGAUCUUGGCAAGGAUUAUGUGCGCGGCAAGAUCAUCGAUUACCUGAACAAAAUGAUCGACUAUGGUGUGGCAGGGUUCCGCAUUGACGCCUGUAAACAUAUGUGGCCCGGUGAUCUUGGAGCCAUAUAUGGCGGCCUCAAUAACCUGAACGGUAAGUACUUCAACUCUGGCUCCCGUGCGUUCAUGUUCCAAGAAGUGAUUGAUCAAGGUGGAGAACCGAUAACAGCAGGAGAAUACACAGGUCUCGGCCGUGUGACUGAAUUCAAAUAUUGCUUGCGAAUUGCUGAAGGAAUCCGUGGCAGCACUCCGAUGAAGCACUUUAGUAACUUUGGAUCAGAAUGGGGAAUGCUUAGUGACGGCAGCGCACUUGUAUUUGUUGAUAACCACGACAACCAGCGAGGGCAUGGCGGAGGAGGAAGCAUCAUUACUCAUGAGGAGUCGCGUCUGUAUAAGAUGGCAACCACGUUUAUGAUGGCUCAUCCAUAUGGUGCAAAGCGGGUUAUGAGUAGCUAUUACUUUAACCACAAUACCGACCAAGGCCCACCAUCUGAUGGCAGUGGUAACACCAACUCUGUACAGAUCAACGCCGACGGAACGUGUGGGGGAGGCUGGGUAUGUGAACAUAGAUGGCGACAGAUUACAAAUAUGGCUGAGUUUGCCAACGCAGCUGCAGGACAACCACAGUCAAACUGGUGGGACAACGGUAAUAAGCAAAUUGCUUUUGGUCGUGGAAACAAAGCCUUCUACGUGUUGAAUGUUGACAGUUAUGGUCUCAACGAGCGCCUGUACACAGGCAUGCCCUCUGGCGAAUAUUGCAACGUCAUCACUGGUUCCUUUGACAAGAACUCGGGCACCUGUAGUGGACCAACUAUCAAUGUUGACGGUUCUGGUUAUGCAUCUUUCAGUGUCAGCAACGGAGAAGACCCCAUGGCUGCCAUCCAUGUGAAUGCACGUGUUGGUGACACAAGUGGUGGCGGCGGCGGUGGAGAUAACGGCGGCGGUGGUGGAGAUAACGGUGGGGGUACUCCAGUAACCGCCGCUCCUCCCCCAGCUGGGACAACACGCACAGUUAUAUUCGUGUAUAAGCCAACUUCUUAUGGUCAGGAUCUUUUCAUCCGAGGCGGUAUUGAUCAUUCACAGCGCACAGGUUGCACAAGCACUGCCACAACCAGUGCAUGUGCCUUGCCAAUAUCGCAUAACGUCGGAGGAACAAACAGCAAAUACAAUGCUUGGAAAACUGGUGAUAAUUACCUCGAUUGGUAUGGUACCGAGUCUGGACAAGGCAGCUACAACGGACAGGCGCCCGAUGGCACACCCCUCAUCUGGACCACAAACAAUGCUGGCUCCAGUGAAAAAGUUGAUUCUGAUGGUGUUGGAUAUACUUCCUUAAACCAAUGGGGAGAUCACUACUGGAUGCUCGAUGUCAACAUGAAUUGUGAUAAGACAGACAACGGCUGGUUUGAACUCAAGGCGUACUUAAGUAACGGCGAUGGAUGGGAAAGCGACAGAGAUCAAUCUAGUUGCAGCGGAUCCGUCGGUGGCAGCAAACCAUAUUCUACAGGGAAUCACUUCGCCAGAUGUGGUUACAUCAACGUCUUCAAGUUUAAUGACAAUUCCUGUAUUAUCAAUUCUUUUUAGCGUUUAAAAUAACCGAGGCAUACUAAUAAUAAAAUAAAUAUGACGAAUAAUAAUAAACCUUGACAUAGAAAACAAA